AUGCCCGAUACAUUCUGGGCUGUAUUUCUGGUGCAGUUUUUACAUAUUGGGCCCUGGCUGGAGGAAUUCCCGCCUUUCCAAGGCCGACCGCUCAGGUCCACCCCCGAGCAAGCCCCAACCCGUGUGCUUCCCGCCGAGCGGUCGUCUUUGGACCUGCCGGCGAGCCCUAACCCCUUGCAGGCCUCGGGCCACAGCUCCUCCGGUGGAGCCCUAGGUCCCACCUUGGAUUUCUCCUCGCGCCAGCGCUUGGCUUUGGCUUUCCCUUCCAUCCCUGAUAGCUGCGUGGGCCUCUGCCGAACCCUUACCGGGUCUGAUCUGACCGCCCGAGAGCGAGCGGAGCGCGCUUGGUUGGCCGGCUGCUGGGCUGGCGCUGUUUUGAGGGCCGAGGCAAACCGCCCGGUUCCUUCCCCGGCUCUUGGCCUGCCGUCGAGGUUUUACUGCAUCUUGCGAGCCUCUGGUCUCGAACGCCCCGUUGUCGUUGCCUCGCUCGGUGAUAUGGACUUUCAGGCCAUCGCUGCUGUCGAGUCGGGUGCCGUAGAGAUAAUUGAGUUUUCGUGGCCUGUGGCCACCCCGGAGCAGGCUCCUUACCAAUGCCUCGCUUACUGUAUUAUGAAGCGUCCCUCUGGCUUCUUGCUUUGUGUACCGGAGGGUUUCCUAGCAGCGGAGGAGCUGGAUCAAGGCCAGCAGGCGGAGGAAGCAGAGGGGAUCGGGCCCUCUUUUGCGGUGAGUGCCCCGGCCGUCCGUUUGAUCAACGACGGGGAAUGGAUUUCACCCCCGGAGCAGGAGCUGGUGCAUGCGGUGGUGGUGGACUUGGCAGCCCAUAUGUCGGCUCAGGUUUCCCCAGCCGAUUUUGCCGUGCAAGGCCUCUACGCUUUCAAGGACGAGGCGAAGGACUGGCUGGCAACCACCGAAGGUUUGCCCCAGGACAGGUCAGGUUACCAGACAGCCCAGUCGGCACCAGAAGGUCCUGCACCGGCCGGCCCCAAGGAGCGAGCCAAGGCGAAACGCCCCACCGUGCAGCAGCUGGCUGCCCAGCAGGCUCAGACGAUGGAGCUAAUCACAACAGUUGUUUCCCGCCUGGACUCCCUGGCACCCAAGGCAGGCGAUCAUGUGCUCGAGGCCCCCGCGGCGGCCCCGCUCCCGGCCGCAACCGUGCCUGUGCAGGCUGCCCUUCAGAUGCCCCUGGCUUCCGUUCUCCCACCGGCCCAGACAGUGCCAAAGAACCUCGCGGCAGUACUGGGCCCGCCGCCUCCCGUGCGCCUUCAGCCGCAGGCUGCUGUGAAUCAGCUCGACAAGGACGAGGAAGCGGCAAGGUGCAUUGGCUCAGGAGAGUUGCCCGCCGGCGGGCCCGAGGGUUCAGUCUUGACCUCAGCCGUCCUGGCCCAAAGCCAGGCUUUGUGUGCACUAGUGUCUCAGCUGUCCGCGGGCUCCUCGGACCCCCUCCUGGAGAUCUCCUCGGCCCAGGCCUCGUCUGUGAGAGGAUCGGUCGGGAGAGCAAAGUUGCAGGCCGAGCUCGGGCAAAGGACGGGAACCUUCGCCUCCAAGAUUCGAGAAAACAUGGAGCGCCGCAUGGACCCGACGAAGCUGCUCCCCCAAGGCCAGGUGAGCUACAUGAGGUAUUUGGAGAGGCACGGCUCUUUCGCAGGCCAAACCCUGCUGGGUAUGAUAGCGUGGCAGGUGGCCCAAAGCCUCGACCUGCUGCAGGCCGACUCCCUGGACGGUGCGCGCGACGUGCUAUCCCUGCUGCUCCUAAUGUUGGAGCAGUGUGCCCAAGACAACGGGGACAGCACCUUGGGGUGGCUGCUUACCUUGCAAGCCGACCCGCCUCUGGGCCUGUUCCAGCAGCCUACCAGCCUGCCCGGGUCCAGCCUCCAGACCUCCUCCCUGGCGGAGCAGCGUUGGAUUACUGUUGCCUUGGCUUUUGUGAAGGAGCUGGAGACCAUCUCGGUGAGAAGGGCGGAGGCCACCCCGAAGCAGCAGCCUCCCGCCAAGCCACCUGCCUUGCCAACGGUGCCGCCAAAGACCGAGUCUGCGGAUCAGCAGCUUUCUCGAAAGCAACAGCGGGCAGCAGCCUGGGCCGCGAAAAAGGCCGCAGAGGCGAAGAAGUGCAAGUUCCUUUGUGCAGCCAGGUCGCGCCUCGCCUGCGCCACCUCGCCGCCCGAAGCGGCCAAUCCCUCUACCAAAGCCCCAGCCGAGGGCUCCGCCUUUGCUGAAGAUGCAACCUUUGAUUUCUGCGCCUGGGUCGCUGCUCUACCGCGGCUCUUGAAACAGGGCCGGACCCAGUUCGCAUACUUCAUGAAUUCGACGCUUGCUCUGCCGAGGGAUGCCAGCCAGGACCGCUUCCCACCGUUUGCGCAAGAGUGUUCGGCGCUGCCCCUCAGCCGCGACCAGCACAAGGUCUACGCGCGUGGCUUGCACAUUGCAGCGCGCCUUUCUGAGGUGAUCCGUUUCCUCAAGGAGUCCGGCCUGCCCUCUGGUUUUUACUCCGGUUCCAGCCCCUUGCCCGAGAAGGGGCCCGAGGUUCCACACCAAAGGUCAGGUCCUGAGGCUUUGCGGCCCUACGGUCCCCUGCUGGCAUCUCAAGUUGCUCUUCAUGGUCGCGGCCGCUGGGACCCCACGCCGCACCUUGGCCCCUCUCUGAAGAUGGCCUUCCUGGAGCCCGAGGUGAUCAGGUUUCCAGGGACACUGGCCCCCUGUGCUUCCUUUGAGAGGGAGGACAAAGAUGAGCUGCUUGCUCUUUGCAAAAUCUGGGACGCCGCGGGGUUGCUUGAUUUGGCGCCGGGCCCGCUCCCUGACCGAGCCCUCACCCGCGUUUUCGGGGCUUUCAAAGCCGAGGGCGUGCAGAGGCAAAUCGGAGACCGCAGGGGUCAGAACUCAAAAGAGUGCAAGCUGGAUGGUGUUUCGAGGUUUCUGCCUACAGGGCCUCUUCUCUGCCGGCUCCACGUUCCCAGGGGAUGCUGUCUGGUCGGUUCCGUGACGGACCGCCGCGACUUCUACACACAAGCGGGUGUGUCCUUUGAAAGAUCCCGGACGAACACCUGCGGGCCCGCCUUCUCUUUGGCCGACUUUCGAGGUACAGGGGCUUACCUUUCUUACCGGCACCGUGUCGAUAGUGGCGAGGCCUGGGCCUUGACCUCGUGCGAAGGGGUGCUCGAUUUCCCCCAAAGGUCCAUCCUGGCCUCCGACUCUAGCCUCGUUCACCCCACCUUCCUUGCCCUGCUUCAGGGCGAUGCUGGAGGAGUUGAGUUUGCUACGUCGGCGCAUGAGGGGUUGCUUCAAGAGUUUGGCUGUCUCCAGGGCCGGGGUAGGCUGCAGUCCGGUGCUAGAGUUGAUGCCAGGGGCCCUUGGGACGGCUUGAUAAUCGAUGAUUUUUUCUCGCUGAGCAUUGAGCCCGCCAACUUCGUGCCCGGCUGUGCCUCUGGCUCUCUCGCUGCCGUCCUUCGGGCCAAGGAGGCCUACUCCAAGGAAGGCGUCGAGGGCUCCGAUGCUAAAGACGUACUUGCCCAACGGGUUUUCAAGGUUGCGGGUGCGGUUGUUGACAGUGGCCCCGACAUCGUCCGAGAGGGCAAGACGCUCAUCGGGGCACCGGUUGGAAAAAGGCUUGCCUUAGCCGCCGCCUCUCUACGGGCUGCCUCCCUUCCUUGUGUCAGCGAGGAGCUGGUUGAUAUGUUGUGCGGCUCCUGGGUGUCCUGCCUGAUGUUUCGUCGCUGCCUCAUGUCUACGCUCGAUAAACUGUUUGGGCUUGGCCGCUCCGGCCCAGCCGAGGCUACUUCUGGAGGCCACCUUCGCCCUCUGUCCCGCCGGGCCGCUGGUGAGUUGCAGGUCCUGGCUGUUCUGGCGCCUCUUGCGUGCUCCGACCUGUCUGCGGUAGCGUGCCCCUCUCUCUUCGCGUUGGAUGCCUCCAACACGCAUGGGGCUUACUGCGAGUUGGGAGUGUCGCCGGAGGUCGCUCUUGAUUUCUGGCUGGCCUCUGAUUUCAAGGGCCACUCUGCGCCCCUUGCACCCGGGCCCCAGGCAGCUGAGUGGAAUGCCGCAGGUGACGCUGAGGUUGGCGACGAUUGUGAGGCCGAGGCCCCUCUUCUGCAGGAGGGGGUCCCUAAGCCGCUGGCCUUCGGCUUUGACUUUCUCGAGGUCGGCUCCUCGCUUGGCGCCGUCGCAAGGGUGAUGCAGGGCCGAGGUUUCAAGGUAGGCCCGUUGAUCGACAAGAGGAGGUCUAGGCAGUAUGACCCCUGCUCCCCCGACCUCAGGGAGUGGAUUGUUCACCUGCUUGCCUCCAGCCAGCUCAAGUCUUUGUUGUUGGUGCCCGCCUCUGCCUCUUUCUCCCCUGCAAGCUUGCCGAGGUUGCGGUCUCCCCGGGCCCCCUUUGGCUUUGACCCCGCUGAGGCCCGAACGUCGCACGACAACCAAGCCAUGUCUACCUUCUUCCUUCUCUUCGCCACCGCUCUGCGUUGGGAUGUUCCGGUUGCGCUCUGCCUUCCUCUCUCGUCCCUCGCGAGAUCCACCAGGAUUUGGAAGAAACUGCGAGAGAAGCCCGGAGUUUUCGAGCUAGAGUUCAGAUUUAGCCUCGGCGCUGCGGUCCCUCAGCGGUCUUUCGCGCUCCUCACCUGUGGCCUUUCAACCGAGCGCCUCGCUGAGCUCUCUAGGGCCUCCCCGUCUCCUUCAACACAAGGGAAGGGCCCUCUCCCAGCCUGCUUUGCCAAGGUGAUUGCGCAAGCCUUCGCGUGGACUCUGCGGUCCCUCGCCGAGCCUGACUCCCCUCGGCGCUCCGGUCUCGAGAGUGUGGCCGUCAACGAUCUGUUGUGCUCCAGAGGGUGGAAAACUGUCUGCGCCUGGCCCUGGCGCUCGCCCCAGCACAUAAACCUCCUGGAAGCUAAAGCUGCGCUUGCUGUCGUGAAGGAGGUGCAAAGGCGAGGUGGAGACAGCAAGGUGACAGUCCUCUCUGACUCUGCGGUCGCGAGAGGUGCCAUCGCGAAGGGCCGCUCGUCGUCUAGACUUUUGCGGCCGAUCCUGAUGAGGAUCGCCUCCUACCUCCUCGCCGGUGGCGUCUAUAUCGGCCUGAUGCAUGCGCCUACCCGCCUCAACGUUGCCGACGACCCUUCCCGGCAAAAGGAUCUCCGGCCAGCCCACCUGAGGUCGAUCGUCUCCGACCUGGGCCCCUCUGCCCUGCCUUCCCUCCUUGGACUUUGUGGCCUGUCUGCCAGCUCCUCUGGCUGGGUUCGGCUCUCCCUCCUCCUGGCCCUUAGGGUCAGUAGGUUAGAGGGUCGGGUUCUGCUACAGUCGCUCGCCGAGCCGCUUCGAAGGGAAAUCGCUGGAGGCCCUCGUCUGACCAACCAGGACCCACAGAAAGGCUUCGACAGUACUCUUGGCUACCCAGGCGAAGGCCCGGUUAGGCCAAGGAACGCCCUUGACGAGGGCCGGCAGAGGGCGCGUGCACACCAGCGCCUUCCUGAAGGCCGGACCGUACUGGAAAGGACGUCUACAAACAGGUUGUGGUUGCUGGGUUUCCUGGAGAGCUGGCUCGCAGCACGUGGCGUGUCGCCUAACUCUUUCUGGUGCCUCCCCGCCGAAGCCGUUGCAAAGCACCUCACGGACUACGGCAGAGAGCUCUUCGACGCUGGCAGGCCGUACUGGCACUACGCGGAGACGGUCAACGCCACGGCAGCGAGGAGGCCAGCCAUAAGGAGGCAACUGCAGCAAGCGUGGGACUUAGCCUUCUCUUGGAUGAGCUUGGAGCCCCACACGCACCACGUUGCUAUGCCAGCGGUGAUUUUAUUAGCAGUGCUUUCGGUGUGCUUGCUCUGGGGGUGGCGGUCGGAAGCUGGUGUCUUCGGCUUGGCAUGGGGCGCGCUGCUGCGCAUCGGGGAGGCCACCGCAGCUUGCAGGGCUGCGCUUAUCCUCCCGAGAGAUGUGCUAUGGACCCAGAGCCAUGUAUUACUCCGCAUCGCGGAGCCCAAAACGAGGCUCCGGGCCGCGCGCCACCAGUCCGCAAAGCUUGAGCCAGCCGACCUGGUACAGCUGGUUGACAUAGCCUUCCGCGACCUUCACCCGACAGCAAAGCUUUGGCAGGGCUCCACGCAAAGGCUGCGUCGCAGGCUGGACAGCGUCUUGGAACGUUUGGGCGUGCCCACAGCCCGAACUGACAAAAGGACUCCGAGCUUGUCAGAAGGAGAGGCAGGCUGCAGCGUGGACUCGGGCAGGCAUCCCCACGAGAGCUUGGUACCACCUCUGGAGAUAAGCGUUGCCAUUUGCACUGGUUUGCCCAGCGGUGCUUUCUUUCUUCGUGCAAAUGGACGAGACUUCCUGCGGAGCAAAAAUGGAGAGCGAGCACUCCAUUUCUCCAACAUCAUGCCUCAGCACGUUUGGAUAGGCUCAGAGCUUGUCGUGAACAACGCCAAUUAUGGCCCAGAAGCAGUUGCGUGUGAAGACGAGGACACGGUCAUGGUGCGCAAGUCCAUUGCCAACAAAAUGUUCCACCAUUGUGGUGCGCACUACCUCUACGACUUCGACAACCCGGCGGGAACCUGCUAUGCCUGGUCCAAGAACUGCUGGAAGCGAGAAACAAGCUGCAUGGGCCACAUUGAGCAGCGGAGAAUGGUCGCGCGAAAGGCGAACCUGUGCGAGGUUCCCCUGGUAGCAGUGCGGGGCCAGAGGUGCAAAGCAACGCCUUACACGUACAAGCCUGCUUCCAGCUGCGAUGGAUGGAGCGGACUUAUACAAGAUCAGUGCACGGCAAGGUGCAGCAGCCACGCGCAGGCUAAAAAUUGCCCGCGCAAGACUUGUCGUGCUGCCGUGUUUUAUCCGAAGACCGGCUGGUGCCAUUUGGUAGAUUCUUGUCCCGAAGUUGAGCCCAAUGACGAUGCCACUGCCAUCGUCCACGAGGUCCCAAUGAAGGCAAUCGAGGGUGCCAAGUGUUCAAGCCGCUAUUACACGUUUGACAAUGCAGACCAAAACAACCUUUGCGAUGGCUGGAGCGGGUUGACAGUUGCCGAGUGUGCACUUAAAUGUUCCGGCAACGAGCAGGCCACAAACUGCCCGCAGAAGACCUGCGUGGCAGCGACCUUCUACGAGAAAACGGGCUGGUGCCACCUCCACGACACAUGCCCGGACCUGAAUAACAAUCCGGCUGCAACGGCCAUCGUUCCGGAGGCUGCGCGCUGGUGCAAAGGCGGCGGCACGAAGAAGGCCUGGAGUUGCGAUGCCAUCUCGGACAGCACCGAAUGCGAAAACUCCUACACGAGGAGCGGCGAUGGCAAACAUUUCGUCCAGUGCGCUGUCACGGCGAGUGGCCAGUGCCUGGCUGCGGGCGGACUCUGCAAACCCGUCAACUCGAAGAACGAGGGCUGCGGUUCCGUCACUGGCUCGUCUGGAUUGGGGAUCGGAUGGAACUCCAUCUCCGUGAUGAAGGAAGGAAUCUUGACAAAUCCAGGCCAGCGCAAAUACAAGCUCCAAAACGUCCCUUCUGUACUCGAUGGCGGCAUGUACAGCGGUACAAAGACUUGGCCGAAGGCUGGCACUUGGACAAUCUCGUACAAAGCACCAGUUACCCUCUACGUGUGGGUCAUGAAAGAUAAGUACAACGCUGGCGUCGAUGCUGCACUCAGUGGCGAUGGCUGGGAGAAAGUGGAUGCUGCAGGCUUCAAGAGAAGUGACAACCAUGCGCUCAACGUUUGGAAACGGUCGUUUACCUCGGGCAGUCAAUACGAGAUCAAGACCACCGGGCUCAUGGUCGGAG